CGGCUCGUCACCGCGGGCUGCUCGGGGAGUCGCCGCCGCCGCCGCGGCCGCCGGGCGCCGAGCCUCGGACGGGGAGGAGGAGCAGGAGCUGGAGGAGGAGGAGCCGCCGCCACCGCCAGGAAUAAGCUAUUCACAGUUAUACAGCACCACUUACCACGUUUUGCAGUACCUCCUGAGGAAGUCAGAAUCUGAGCCAGCAUGAAGCCUGAAUCUGGUCUUUGGUCUGAUUUAUAAACUUUACUUUUAUUCUAACAUGUGCAAGGUGGAGGUUAUAGCAUGGAAACUAAAAUCUUACUUCCUGCCUGACAUAACUCACUUCAAGAAGUGCACAAUGUCAGAACGUGGAAUCAAGUGGGCUUGUGAAUAUUGUACGUAUGAAAACUGGCCAUCUGCAAUCAAGUGUACUAUGUGCCGUGCCCAAAGACCUAGUGGAACAAUUAUUACAGAAGAUCCAUUUAAAAGUGGUUCAAGUGAUGUUGGUAGAGAUUGGGAUCCUUCCAGCACCGAAGGGGGCAGUAGUCCUUUGAUAUGUCCAGACUCUAGUGCACGACCAAGGGUUAAGUCUUCGUACAGCAUAGAAAAUGCAAAUAAAUGGUCAUGCCACAUGUGCACAUAUUUGAACUGGCCAAGAGCAAUCAGAUGCACUCAGUGCUUAUCCCAGCGUAGGACCAGGAGUCCCACAGAAUCUCCUCAAUCCUCAGGAUCUGGUUCAAGACCAGUUGCUUUUUCUGUUGAUCCGUGCGAGGAAUACAAUGAUCGAAAUAAACUGAACACAAGGACCCAGCAUUGGACUUGUUCUAUUUGCACAUAUGAAAACUGGGCCAAGGCUAAAAAAUGUGUUGUUUGCGAUCAUCCCAGACCUAAUAAUAUUGAGGCAAUCGAGUUGGCAGAGACUGAAGAGGCUUCUUCAAUAAUAAAUGAGCAAGACAGGGCUCGAUGGAGAGGAAGCUGUAGCAGUGGUAACAGCCAAAGAAGAUCACCACCUACUACGAAACGGGACUCUGAGAUGAAAAUGGAUUUUCAGAGGAUUGAAUUGGCUGGUGCUGUUGGCAGCAAGGAGGAACUUGAAGUGGACUUCAAAAAACUAAAACAAAUUAAAAACAGAAUGAAAAAGACUGAUUGGCUAUUCCUCAGUGCUUGUGUGGGGGUUGUAGAAGGUGAUUUAGCUGCUAUAGAAGCGUACAAAUCAUCAGGAGGAGACAUCGCCCGUCAGCUCACGGCGGAUGAAGUGCGCUUGCUGAACCGUCCUUCUGCCUUUGACGUUGGCUACACUCUGGUGCAUCUGGCUAUCCGUUUUCAGAGGCAGGACAUGCUAGCAAUAUUGCUUACAGAGGUGUCUCAACAAGCUGCAAAGUGUAUCCCGGCAAUGGUGUGUCCUGAACUGACAGAGCAGAUCCGGCGGGAGAUAGCUGCCUCUCUCCAUCAGAGAAAGGGCGAUUUCGCUUGCUAUUUUCUGACUGACCUUGUAACAUUUACAUUGCCAGCAGAUAUUGAAGACUUGCCUCCAUCAGUCCAAGAAAAAUUAUUUGAUGAGGUGCUUGAUAGAGAUGUUCAAAAAGAGUUAGAAGAAGAAUCUCCAAUUAUAAACUGGUCCUUGGAAUUGGCUACACGUUUGGAUAGUCGACUGUAUGCACUUUGGAACCGGACUGCAGGAGACUGCUUACUUGAUUCAGUACUACAAGCCACCUGGGGCAUUUAUGACAAGGACUCGGUGCUUCGGAAAGCCCUGCAUGACAGCCUGCAUGACUGUUCCCAUUGGUUUUAUACUCGUUGGAAAGAUUGGGAAUCCUGGUAUUCUCAGAGCUUCGGUUUACAUUUUUCCCUGAGAGAAGAGCAGUGGCAAGAAGACUGGGCAUUUAUACUCUCUCUUGCUAGUCAGCCUGGAGCAAGUUUGGAACAGACUCACAUUUUUGUACUUGCACAUAUUCUUAGACGACCAAUUAUAGUUUAUGGAGUGAAAUAUUAUAAAAGUUUCCGGGGAGAAACUUUAGGAUAUACUCGGUUUCAAGGUGUUUAUUUGCCUUUGUUGUGGGAACAGAGUUUUUGUUGGAAAAGUCCGAUUGCUCUGGGCUAUACAAGGGGCCACUUCUCUGCUUUGGUUGCCAUGGAGAAUGAUGGCUAUGGUAACCGAGGUGCUGGUGCUAACUUGAACACCGACGACGAUGUCACCAUCACGUUUCUGCCUCUGGUUGACAGUGAAAGGAAGUUACUCCACGUGCACUUCCUUUCUGCUCAGGAGCUAGGUAAUGAGGAACAGCAAGAAAAACUGCUCAGGGAGUGGCUGGACUGCUGUGUGACUGAGGGGGGAGUUCUUGUUGCCAUGCAGAAAAGCUCUCGGCGGCGAAAUCACCCCUUGGUCACGCAAAUGGUAGAAAAAUGGCUUGACCGCUACCGACAGAUCCGGCCUUGUACAUCCCUGUCUGAUGGAGAGGAAGAUGAAGAUGAUGAAGAUGAAUGAAAAAAAAAUCAAAGAGCAGAAGACCAAGAUAUCAGCUCUGUGGUGACCCCAACGUUAGUGUGGUGCUCCAGGCAGAGCGCGGGGCGUGGGAUGAAGCGACUGGCAGGAUCUGCUCGGAAGAGUUUUUUUCUGAUCCACACCCACUGGAGGUUAUGCAUCUGCUGUGUGAGGAGACAGAAAACUUUGUUUGGACUACAGUUUGUAAAAACUAAUUUUAUUAAGACAGAACUUUUUUCCUUCCAAAUUGUAAAUCUGUCUAUAAAUGUAACGCAUGUGGUUGUGUAAGAAGUUGUGUAAUAGGAAAAGUUGUACCAGCAUCUUCAUAUUAUUGAGAAGUUGCUUCCAGCAUGGGCACCUCCAAAAGCACAUGGCAGGUGACUUUGUUCCUUUGAGAUGCUCUUUUUUAAGUAGAACCCGGCCUUCUACUUCCAUCUUAAAAGAUCCAUUUUACAUUAAGUCUCACUAGAGCUUGUUAGAGAUUUGGAAACUUUUUGUACAAAUUAUCCACAACAAAACGUAAAAAUAAAAACAAGCUUUUAUUUUAUUAAUAAUUUAGUUCCUGUCAUGCCCAAUAAAAUAAAAUCAAAUCUUUAAGGAACAAAUUGUAAGUAAAGCAAGGAUUUUUUUUGAGUGAACUUCACAUGGACAUCGUUCCCUUGUUUUGGAAAGGGUUUUGGUUUCUGCUAGUUUGUCUUUUUAAAGUUUGAUAUGCCCCUUUUCAGUAUUUGUAUUUAUUUGUUUGGAAGAGUGCCCUUAAAGUGAGGGUUCUUCUGCCUUACUCUGGCAGCAGGCUCGUCAUGAGGAGUUACUCUGUGGAUGUAAAUUAGCGCUUGGGGAGCGGGCCCACUUGCAACUGAAUGAAUCAAUCGUGUGAAAUUUGCUCACUUGACCCUAUGACAACUCCCAAGUUGCCAUGCAGAGGGAGGGUCUUUGGAUUCUGUCUUUUAUCAUCAACUCUGCUUUAAGCAAAUCGUGUUAGAAAGGCAUGCCUUUGCUUGGGCUAAUUGGGAAUAUCAGUUCAGUACAGAAUAAAGAUUUAAGAAUGCAGUAAGGUGGUAAGUGCAUCGUAUAAUGAAUUCUCAGUGAGUAGUCUGAGAAUUUUUGCAUGUUGGUUAAUUGUGGCCAUUCUUAUUUAAAGUUAAAACUAUAAUCUUAGGUAGAAAACUUUCUAUAAAGUAUUUGACCACUUCAGGUAUACAUUGAAUACUGGGUAAAAAUUUCAGACCUAUCUCAGGAACACAAAAAGACUUCGUGUCCUGAUAAGCACUUUGUAGACUAUUGGUGUGGCAAGGAAUUUGAAGACACACACACACACACUCACACACUCUUUUCUUCCCUCUGAUGAAAAGGCUGUGAAAACCUUUACAUAUUUGCUGCUGCUUCUAAGUUCUGUUUAGAUGGUAUUGAAACGUGCACAACUUCAGAUUUGAUGCUGGAAUACUAAAAACAGAAAAAUGCCUGUGAGAUGUCAUGUUUUUAGUUCUUUCUUCCCUCUGUGAACAUUGAAAGGUGUUCCCAGGAUGAAAGGAUCGCUUUUGCUGCAUGCUAACAUUUGCAGGAAAAAAUUUGCAAUUUGAUUCCAUAUAAGUGAAUUUUGAUACAUUAUAAUAAUGGUAUACAUUACUGUUCCAAGUGGUUAAUGUUUUCUUACAAAUUGACUCUGUCAAUUCUUUGCUUUCAUUUUGGACAGUAAUUAAUCAAGUUUUUAGAACGCUGUCACCUUGACUACCUAGCAUAGCAUAUAGCACCCGUAUAAACUUUUCUCCACAUGUAGGAAGGAUUCUCAGUGGCCAGACAUCCUCAUCCUGUACUAGUUGCUGUUAAGCAGAAACUACCCUCCCAAUUCAAGAAGCCAAAGAGCAGUGUUUGAGGGAAAAGCGUCUAGUUGCGAGGGUCUCCAUCAGUCCGUGGUGGCCAGAAAGCUGCAGGCUCGGUGUUUAGGCUCUGUGUGUUGUGUCUUGCUGAGCGGUGCUUCCCCUGAGGUGCCUCGUUACUUAUUUAUGGAUCAGCGACCCUGACCACACCUAGUUUAACAGGUACAGCAUUCUUCCCUGUGGGAAAGAACUGUAUGACUCCAUUUCCUAGGCUCCAGACAGGGAUGGGGCUUUAAAUGGUCUUCACAGCAGAUUGGCUGGUGAAAGCCAGAUCUGGGGGUGAGUCAAUGCUGUGUGAAGCUCUUGAACUAUCAAGCAAACAGCCAUAGUUGUUGUCCCAAGCUAGAGUGUGCAGCCCCUUCUCAGACUGUACGUGACGGGGUGACUGAUACUGUGUGUCUCGUGGUUGGCUCUGGACAGGACUACCUGAACUUCGUGGUUUUCUAGGGAGACUACGGUGUGGUGUUUUCUGUUCUAAUUAAAACCCAGGCGCACUGUGGAUUUGGACCUACAUUUUUGUUUCUGAUUCUUAGGCUUGUCGUGUCCCAGACAGAAUGUGUGUUCAGGGAAUCCUGCUGUGUAAGGUGGUUGGGGUCUCCUUUUCGUGUGUGUCAGCCCCUCGUGGAUUGCUGUUUGUCAGGUGGUUAUGAAGGUGAUAAUGAACCUCCCGCUCUGCUCCCUGGAGUGACAGGUCAGUAACCACGUGCUCCAUGACCAUACAAGUGCAGUGAUCUUCAUGUAAUUUUCAUGGGGGGGGGAUGGGACCACCACCUUAAGAUGAGGAGGUUGAUGCUUUAAGUUGCCAUGAACUUUUUUUUUCCUAAUUGGAAGAGGGGGUGGUGACUAAAGGAGUUCUGGACCUGGAAUUGUUGGGCUUAACUGGUAUUUGCAGCUGUCACUAGUGGUAAGGGGUUGAAUGCUAUUUAAAAAGGAGGAUCCAUUAAAUCAACUGAAAGUUCUUAACAUAUGGAAAUGGCUGAUGUUAAUUAUUUUGCAACAGUUCUUUGUAAAUAAUAUCAUUUAAAAAAAUUGAAAUUCACGUCCCUUCCUGCAUUGAUGCUUGAGCCAGGUAAUUUUGCUUUUGGGUAAAUUAAAAUCAAAACUUGACCAA